AUGAGCUGUGUUGGGGUGCUGCUGGUUGUCCUGCUUCUCCUGGCCUCCGGACCAGGUCUAGCCGGGUCCUCGGGUCCUGGUCAGGCCCAGUCUACGCCCGACCCGGGCCCGGUGGGGGUCCAGGGGGAGGGGGUAGACGUGCUGUUCCUCUGGGACCACCUGACGGGUCUGAAGGACCUGGUCCUCCGGCUGAGCGAGCAGGCGGUGUCCCAGCGGCUGGUCCUCAGGGGCCUGGAGACCAGGGUCCAGGACCAGCAGCUGGCCUCCCUGGAGACCUCGGAGCGGGUCCGGGACCUGGAGGCCCUGCAGGUCCAGGUGAACCUCACCCAGGACCAGGUGCUCGGACUGACCCGGUCCUUGACCAGGAUAGAGGAUCUGGAGGAGCAGAACUCAGUUCUGGAGCCCCGGCUGGACGCCCAGGAGGCCGAGGUGGAUCACCUGAAGAAUAAGAACACAGAGCUGUUGGAGAAGCUGCCCUUCCUGGUGAUGAGGCUAAGAGCGAGCGAGAGCACAGUGGAGCAGCUCAGGAGGAGGAACGCAGUGCUGUCAGCCAGGAUGUGUUCCGCUGAGAAUCAGAUUGAGGAACUCAGGAGACAACGUUCAGUGUUCUCAGUGGUGCGACCAGGAGAUAAUUCUGGGACUUCAGAAGGAAGUGCUAAGAUGGCAGAGUUGCAGAACCGGAUGGACUCCUGCUCUGCCCAGCUGAGCAUUCUCCAGACACAGAGUGACAACCAUACAGAGACACUGGUAUCCAUGGAAACCAGACUAGUUUCCGUAGAGAUGCAUCUGGGUUCGACCUCCAUCCAGGUGGCGCAGCCGUUGGCAGAAAGUACAGGGUCCACUGAACUGUCCGAUUUAAGGAGAAGGAUGAACGAAACCCAGAACCGGUUGGAUCUGAUGACCAGACUUACCACCAGUACACCCACCUCCACCGGUACACCCACCUAUACAGCUGAGCUAGCCGCUGUGAGGGGGCAGCUAAGGGAACUGGACGGCCGGCUAACAGACCAGGAGAGCUCGCGGUCUGCUCUGGAGGACCGGCUAGAUGUCAGUGCGAACGGGACUGAAGCAAUGGAGUCCAAAGCGAGGUCCAAUGAGAGCACUCUGUUGGAGCUACAGAGGAAGGUAUCAGACCACACCUCCCAGCUGCUGAGGGUGGAGACCAGAGUCAACAUCAGCCAAUCCCUGAUGGAGCACCUGGAGACCCAACUGAACAGAGUUUCAGACUUGGAGGCCACAGGGAGCGCCACCAGCAGGCAGCUGGAGGAACUGCAGGAACUGACCAAAGCCCAGGAAGCUGAGCGGGUUGCCAUGGCAGCCAGAGUGACCGCUGGGGAGAGCCGGAGAGAAGCUCUGGAGUCCAGGUUAGAGGCUGAGGAGGCCGCUUUGAAGACCCUGAAGACAGAGGGCUCAGGGUUGGAGGAAGGACUGAGAUCCACACAGAUCCUCGUUGAGGAGCUGCACACCCAGAACAACGGUGAGUCUGCUAGCGGUUCUGCUGACUUCCUGUUCCUUAGCUGCUCUCUGGUGGUUCUUCAAGACCACACCUCCCAGCUGCUGAGGGUGGAGACCAGAGUCAACAUCAGCCAAUCCCUGAUGGAGCACCUGGAGACCCAACUGAACAGAGUUUCAGACUUGGAGGCUACAGGGAGCGCCACCAGCAGGCAGCUGGAGGAACUUCAGGAACUGACCAAAGCCCAGGAAGCUGAGCGGGUUGCCAUGGCAGCCAGAAUGAACGCUGGGGAGAGCCAGAGACAAGCGCUGGAGUCCAGGUUAGAGGCUGAGGAGGCCUCUUUGAAGACCAUGAAGACAGAGUACCGAGACCACACCUCCCAGCUGCUGAGGGUGGAGACCAGAGUCAACAUCAGCCAAUCCCUGAUGGAGCACCUGGAGACCCAACUGAACAGAGUUUCAGACUUGGAGGCUACAGGGAGCGCCACCAGCAGGCAGCUGGAGGAACUUCAGGAACUGACCAAAGCCCAGGAAGCUGAGCGGGUUGCCAUGGCAGCCAGAAUGAACGCUGGGGAGAGCCAGAGACAAGCGCUGGAGUCCAGGUUAGAGGCUGAGGAGGCCUCUUUGAAGACCAUGAAGACAGAGUACCGAGACCACACCUCCCAGCUGCUGAGGGUGGAGACCAGAGUCAACAUCAGCCAAUCCCUGAUGGAGCACCUGGAGACCCAACUGAACAGAGUUUCAGACUUGGAGGCUACAGGGAGCGCCACCAGCAGGCAGCUGGAGGAACUGCAACAUGACUUGUCCGUUGCUACGACGAGUCUUUCUGCCCAGGAAGCUGAGGGGGUUACCAUGGCAGCCAGAGUGACCGCUGGCGAGAGCCAGAGAAAAGCGCUGGAGGCCAGGUUAGAGGCUGAGGAGGCCGCUUUGAAUACCCUGAAGACAGAGAGCACAGGGUUGGAGGAAGGACUGAGAUCCACAAAGAUCCUCGUUGAAGAGCUGCACACCCAGAACAACAACCACACCUCCCAGCUGCUGAGGGUGGAGACCAGAGUCAACAUCAGCCAAUCCCUGAUGGAGCACCUGGAGACCCAACUGAACAGAGUUUCAGACUUGGAGGCUACAGGGAGCGCCACCAGCAGGCAGCUGGAGGAACUUCAGGAACUGACCAAAGCCCAGGAAGCUGAGCGGGUUGCCAUGGCAGCCAGAGUGACCGCUGGGGAGAGCCAGAGACAAGCGCUUGAGUCCAGGUUAGAGGCUGAGGAGGCCGCUUUGAAGACACUGAAGACAGAGAGCUCAGGGUUGGAGGAAGGACUGAGAUCCACACAGAUCCUUGUUGAAGAGCUGCACACCCAGAACAACAACCACACCUCCCAGCUGCUGAGGGCGGAGACCAGAGUCAACAUCAGCCAAUCCCUGAUGGAGCACCUGGAGACCCAACUGAACAGAGUUUCAGACUUGGAGGCUACAGGGAGCGCCACCAGCAGGCAGCUGGAGGAACUGCAGGAACUGACCAAAGCCCAGGAAGCUGAGCGGGUUGCCAUGGCAGCCAGAGUGACCACUGGGGAGAGCCAGAGAGAAGCGCUGGAGUCCAGGUUAGAGGCUGAAGAGGCCGCAUUGAAGAUCCUGAAGACAGAGAGCUCAGGGUUGGAGGAAGGACUGAGAUCCACACAGAUCCUCGUUGAGGAGCUGCACAUCCAGAACAACAACCACACCUCCCAGCUGCUGAGGGUGGAGACCAGAGUCAACAUCAGCCAAUCCCUGAUGGAGCACCUGGAGACCCAACUGAACAGAGUUUCAGACUUGGAGGCUACAGGGAGCGCCACCACUAGGCAGCUGGAGGAACUGCAACAUGGCUUGUCUGUUGCUACGACGAGUCUUUCUGCCCAGGAAGCUGAGGGGGUUACCAUGGCAGCCAGAGUGACCGCUGGCGAGAGCCAGAGAAAAGCGCUGGGGUCCAGGUUAGAGGCUGAGGAAGCCGCUUUGAAGACCCUGAAGACAGAGAGCUCAGGGUUGGAGGAAGGACUGAGAUCAACACAGAUCCUCGUUGAAAAGCUGCACACCCAGAACAGUGACCACACCUCCCAGCUGCUGAGGGUGGAGAUCAGAGUCAACAUCAGCCAAUCCCUUAUGGAGCACCUGGAGACCCAACUGAACAGAGUUUCAGACUUGGAGUCUACCGGGAGAGCCACCAGCAGGCAGCUGGAGGUACUGCAGGAACUGACCAAAGCCCAGGAAGCUGAGCGGGUUGCCAUGGCAGCCAGAGUGACCGCUGGGGAGAGCCAGAGACAAGCGCUGGAGUCCAGGUUAGAGGCUGAGGAGGCCGCUUUGAAGACCCUGAAGACAGAGAGCUCAGGGUUGGAGGAAGGACUGAGAUCCACACAGAUCCUUGUUGAAGAGCUGCACACCCAGAACAACAACCACACCUCCCAGCUGCUGAGGGUUGAGACCAGAGUCAACAUCAGCCAAUCCCUGAUGGAGCACCUGGAGACCCAACUGAACAGAGUUUCAGACUUGGAGGCUACAGGGAGCGCCACCAGCAGGCAGCUGGAGGAACUGCAGGAACUGACCAAAGCCCAGGAAGCUGAGCGGGUUGCCAUGGCAGCCAGAGUGACCACUGGGGAGAGCCAGAGAGAAGCGCUGGAGUCCAGGUUAGAGGCUGAAGAGGCCGCAUUGAAGAUCCUGAAGACAGAGAGCUCAGGGUGGGAGGAAGGACUGAGAUCCACACAGAUCCUCGUUGAGGAGCUGCACAUCCAGAACAACAACCACACCUCCCAGCUGCUGAGGGUGGAGACCAGAGUCAACAUCAGCCAAUCCCUGAUGGAGCACCUGGAGACCCAACUGAACAGAGUUUCAGACUUGGAGGCUACAGGGAGCGCCACCAGCAGGCAGCUGGAGGAACUGCAACAUGACUUGUCUGUUGCUACGACGAGUCUUUCUGCCCAGGAAGCUGAGGGGGUUACCAUGGCAGCCAGAGUGACCGCUGGCGAGAGCCAGAGAAAAGCGCUGGGGUCCAGGUUAGAGGCUGAGGAGGCCGCUUUGAAGACCCUGAAGACAGAGAGCUCAGGGUUGGAGGAAGGACUGAGAUCAACACAGAUCCUCGUUGAAAAGCUGCACACCCAGAACAGUGACCACACCUCCCAGCUGCUGAGGGUGGAGACCAGAGUCAACAUAAGCCAAUCCCUGAUGGAGCACCUGGAGACCCAACUGAACAGAGUUUCAGACUUGGAGGCUACAGGGAGCGCCACCAGCAGGCAGCUGGAGGUACUGCAGGAACUGACAAAAGCCCAGGAAGCUGAGCGGGUUGCCAUGGCAGCCAGAGUGACCGCUGGGGAGAGCCAGAGACAAGCGCUGGCGUCCAGGUUAGAGGCUGAGGAGGCCGCUUUGAAGACCCUGAAGACAGAGAGCUCAGGGUUGGAGGAAGGACUGAGAUCCACACAGAUCCUUGUUGAAGAGCUGCACACCCAGAACAACAACCACACCUCCCAGCUGCUGAGGGUGGAGACCAGAGUCAACAUCAGCCAAUCCCUGAUGGAGCACCUGGAGACCCAACUGAACAGAGUUUCAGACUUGGAGGCCACAGGGAGCGCCACCAGCAGGCAGCUGGAGGAACUGCAACAUGACUUGUCUGUUGCUACGACGAGUCUUUCUGCCCAGGAAGCUGAGGGGGUUACCAUGGCAGCCAGAGUGACCGCUGGGGAGAGCCAGAGAGAAGCUCUGGUGUCCAGGUUAGAGGCUAAGGAGGCCGCUUUGAAGACCCUGAAGACAGAGAGCUCAGGGUUGGAGGAAGGACUGAGAUCAACACAGAUCCUCGUUGAAAAGCUGCACACCCAGAACAACAACCACACCUCCCAGCUGCUGAGGUUGGAGACCAGAGUCAACAUCAGCCAAUCCCUGAUGGACCACCUGGAGACCCAACUGAACAGAGUUUCAGACUUGGAGGCCACAGGGAGCGCCACCAGCAGGCAGCUGGAUGAACUGCAGGAACGGACCAAAGUCCAGGAAGCUGAGCGGGUUGCCAUGGCAGCCAGAGUGACCGCUGGCGAGAACCUGAGAGAAGCACUGGAGUCCAGGUUGGAGGCUGAGGAGGACUCUUUGAAGACCCUGAAGACAGAGAGCUCAGGGUUGGAGGAAGGACUGAGAUCCACACAGAUCCUUGUUGAGGAGCUACACACCCAGAACAACGGUCACUCAACUGAACUGUCUACCCUGGAGGCCAGGAUGAACGCCAGCGAGAAUACAACAGCAAGUGUGGCUGAGAGGGCCGGGGUUCUGAGCCGGCUCUUGGCGGAGCUCCACGCCAACGCCUCAGUCAUGGAGAUCCAGACGGACAGAACCGAGCGGCGUUUGGACCAGUGGAUGAGUCAGAACCGAGAACGGCCCCGAGUGGCCUUCUCCGCCGGACUCAGCGACUCCGGAGCCAUCGGACCCUUCGGCAUGGAGACCACCCUGGUGUUCACCAAGACCCUCACCAACGUCGGCCAGGCCUACAACCAGACCACGGGCAUCUUCAGGGCUCCGUUGAGAGGCCUCUACUGCUUCCUGUUCACGGUGGCGGACUUCCUGAAGGGCUACCGGGGGGUAUACCUGUACCGGAACGAGGAGCGGGUUCUGUUCAGCCUGGAGCUCAACGGCCACGGCGGCUACGCUAGCAGCUCGGCCGCCACGCCCCUCCUCCUGGAGGCCGGGGAAACCGUCAGCCUCCGUCUCCCUGGGAGCUACCGUCUCUAUGACGACAACCGCAACUUCAGCCUCUUCUCAGGAUUCCUGCUCUUCCCUCUGUGAUCCAGAGAUCAAUAGACUGAAUGACUGAUCGAUCUAUAGAUUGACCCAUGAUCUAUAGAUCAAUAGACUGAUCGAUCUGUAGAUGGACCCAUGGUCUAUACAUCGAUAGACCGAUGGACCGAUCGAUCUAUAGCUCGACCCAUGGUUUAUAGAUCAAUAGACUGAAGGAAUGAUCAAUCUAUAGAUGGACCCAUGGUCUAUAGAUCCAUAGACUGAUGGACAGAUCGAUCUAUAGAUCGACCCAUGGUCUAUAGAUCAAUAGACUGAUCGAUCUAUAGAUAGAUUCGUGGUCUAUAGAUCGAUGCAUCAAUUGAUCAAUAGAGACCUUGCAAUCGAUCAAUCAAUAUGCAGAUCUAUGGAACCUGGACUCAAGAUGAAUGGUCAGAUGUAUCGAUUAGUGAUUGGUUUCUAAACAAGGUCAUCACGGUCUGAACAGGAAACAACUUUUUGCCUCAUCCAUCCAUUGUUAUAUAGCCCAUCAUUUUAGGCCUGAUAAAGUUCUGAUGAAGCCUGUUAUAGUCCUGAUAAAGUCCCGUUAUAGCCUGAUAAAGUCCUGUUAUAGAACAUAGUUAUGGUUAUAGCCAAUAGUUACGGUCAUGUUAUAGUCCAUAGUUACGUCAUGUUGUAAUUCAUAAUUAUGGACUGCACAUGUUAUGCGUCUCCAUGGUGAUACUGAUGGAGCCGGAGAAGCUCUUAAAACGUGUCACCAAAUCUUUUAUUGUCUUUCAGGGGAGAGGAGAACAAACAGUAGGAAGAAUACGUUUACGCCAGCAGUGCAAAGACAAGCAGUAAUUUAACCCAUUUAUAUACAUUUGGUCUUUAAAAACACAUUAUUAAGAUCUGUUUUAUUAAAAUCAAAGCGGUGUGACCCUUAACCCUUUACAAAAGCCAUCUGUUAGUCAUCUCUAACAGAGAAAUGGAGCGUCGUCUGCACUACAAAUCCGUUAUAUUAUAAAACACCAAUAGGGGGCGCCACUGACCAUGCAUGACGGCUCCGUGAUGGCCGUGGUUUGCUUAAACAACCUUAUUUAAAGUAUUAAUCUCAAAUGCAUGUUAAUAAAUGUCUGUUAAAAGACCGAAUGAGGUAACACCCAGCAGUGCUCUCUUGCCAGGCCAUUAUUAUAACUAAGAAUUAGUUCUUAAUUAAAGGUGCUAUAAAACAUGGACCCAGAGUGUUCAAAAUGAUUACUGCAGUGCAGCCCAAACGUACAACAGUGGAGAGUUGUCUCCGCCCAGACUCCAAGCUCAUGUUGGUUGCCAGGUUGAGGACACUGAACAAACAUGAGCAAAGAUGAGCCGAGCAAAACACAAUAUCUCUUUCGAUAAGCCCAGUUAUUCCAUUACGAUACUGAAAAGCGACAUCAAAUCCUUCUGGCUCUAAGCAGUCUCGUGUUUCUUUGUGUGUGUUUCUUUGUGUGUGUGAGCCGGCGUAGGGUUUUUUCCAGUGUCUGCUAGCGAUUAAACGGAAACUAAGGCCGAACAAAGCCAGAAAGAUCCAUCACUACAGACAAUGAAACUUAAGAAACAAGUGCAAAUCCAAAGCCAACCGAACCCAACUGGUGUAGUUAUUGAGGCGUGGCCAAGGGGCCAAUGCCAACUGAGACUUCAGAGGGCUCUCUGGGAGGCCAUGGAACUGAGGUCCAAAAACACCUGAAAUUACCACUUAUCGCCAUAGGGGUCGCCAAAAGGAACUAAACGGAAAUCUUCGAGAUCAUCAUAUUAAAUAGGACAUUAUUUAAAAUAGACAAGGUUAUUAAAAAAAAGUUAUUCAAAUAAGACUCAAAUAUUUAAGAAUGUACAGUGAUGGAAAAAGAGGAAUUUAAGUUCUAUCUUGUGCACAUAGGAGUCAUAAACCACGGGUCAUGUAAACGGGGUUAAGGGGGAAAAGUUCACCUGAUUUUGUUCAUGAUUAUUCACAGGCUCAGAACCAGGGUUCUGCAGGAAGACAACGUUAAGUUAACACUGUAAGGAAUAAAAUGUACCUGGUUAAACGCCCGAACAACGGAAUGCCUACUGUACAACAUGACCUCUGGUCAUUGGAUAAAUACAACUGGUGAUGGUGACUCUUACAGGAAGACGAGAGGUCGAGCUGGAUUAUUAAAUGCAGACUUGCAAAUCUAUCUUUGACAACAGCAGAGUACUUUUUUUUGGGUACCUUGUGUCGAUUUAGCGAUCAGUAGCCUUUUUUUUAAAAACCAGUUCAAGUUCCAGCUUGAACUCCAGUAGACUGCUGGUUGUCAUUCAAGGCACUGGUCCUAUGUAGCGCAUGGCUGUAGUGUCGACCUCGUAGUGUAGGUCAGGGUUCGUCAGCAAGCUAACA